GAUUUAAUACCGACAUAACUCAACACAAUGUAAUUCAAUAUGGUUCGGCACCCUCCCAAUGUCAUACUUAUCUACAAUAAAGACCGGUGUCACAUAAAGGAUCUACACCAAAUGGAACGAAAUCAUUAAAUAAUUUAAUACAAAGGAAAACAACUGUAUUCAUAAUAUACAGGUUAACUGCGUGAGGAACGAAUUAGUACAGUGUAUUCUAUAGUCGCCUUGUCAUCGUAUCUGUAAAUUUAUCUCUUUUUAUUGAAUGGCAGAUCUAAGAAGUCUGUUCGAUGAUAUAUUUUAAUGCUAAACGAGAUAAUGGAUAAUAGAGCUGCAAAUUCUAUUUGCCAUGCUGUAAAAUGGUUUCAAUGCGCUGGGAUCUAAAUUGAAAAUUAGACCUUGUCAAAAUAGAAGCAUUUAUCUUCGAGGACUGGAGAUACUAGCUGUGUUGUUAUAGAGAGCAAGUACACAAAAUAAAGUAUUUAUCGGAUCUACCAAAGAACUCAGUCCAAAUCAGGAGUCAUGGACGAGAACGAGAAGGACAAGGCGUCUCAGCGCGCGAACCUUAUAGAACAACGCAUGUUCGAGAUCACUCUCUCCUCCAUCAAAACACUGAAGCACGCGACUGCGAUAGAGCUGCACAAGUCGCAGAACGAAAUGAAGAAGCGACUGCGCAAGUACCGGGACAGACAGCGGGAAAUCGUGCGCAAUAAAAGGGACAGCCACGAAGAUCCUAUAGAAGAAAUCAUGGCGCGACAAAUAAAAUCAAAGGCUAAAGCCAGGAGAAGGAAAAAGACGCGACCGAAGACUUGUCCGCCGGCGUUACGUAAUGCAGACAAUUCACCAAGAAGUAAAAACGUAUCGCCUAGAUCACCAAUGGGCCGCGAUCGCGUAUCUUCCCGAAAGAGUAUCGGACUUCCCAUUCGUCUUUUCGGCGAUUCAUCAAGCGAGAGCGAAGAUGAAGAUUCGGACGCGAACGUGGAAAUAGAUGGGUCGGUUAUGAUAGAUCAACAGAAAUCAAAGAUAGACCUGCGUCCUAAAACUGCCCUGGACAUAGUACGGCGAGGAGUUAGUCUCCAGCAGUUGGCAAAUAACGGGCGACUUGGACCGGCCGUGAGACAGAUCAGGUAUUUUGACGAAGACGAACUGAAAGACCGCGGGCAUUUCUACGAGCAUUUAGUACAAAAACGGAUUCAAACAGAAAAGAACAAGCUUCAAAAUCUCGACGGUGCUGUGGCCAAAUUCUGUGGAAGUGAGACCAUUCAAACAAUGACGAGCAAAAUGCAAGCCAAGCGGAAUUUCUUCUCUCGCAAUUCGAACUGGAAUGAUAGUGUGAACAGUAAACUGCGUAACCAUAAAGCAGCCGCCGACCCCACAGUAGGCGGUACGGGUCGCCAGAUGAAAGUGAGGCCAAGCACCUCUGCAGGUUUACGAAAUCCAGCUCGAGCUGGCGUAUCCACAUUUAGAAAUCCAACGUACAUAGCCACUUAAACGGCUCGAGGAUCGUAAUAGUGAUAUAUACUGUUGUUAAUCAUUGGUACUUCACGCUGAAAUGUGAAUGUUUGAUUGAGAUUCGAAAUAAUUAUGAAUGUCAAUGCGUAUUUUUGUCCAGCCUACAUUUCCUACUAUAUAGGAAACAUAAAUGGGCACAAAUGAAAUUUUUCUCAAACGGUUAUAAAAAUGUCCACAAUCAACUCGAUUGACGUAAAUAUAUGAAAAUCCCUGAUAACAACUUAUAUAGAUAAUCACAAUACACCCGUGUUCUGAUAAAACUGUGCCUAAUGCAGUGCUUAAAGUGUCGUCAAAGAUUAGCCUGUUCAGUCCUAGACUUCAAAGGCUAUCUGGGACACUACGCUCAUGUAUUAAGCCCUGUUUUCCAAAAACGAAGUUCACGUGUUUUGUGAUUUUCUGCUGUCCUUCAUACGGCGAUCAGCAACAAUCAUGGGAUAAAAAAACGUGUUUAUAUUUAAAACAUUUCACGCCACUCUCAUGGCUCGGCUCAUCUUUGUUAUCUCUAUUGUAACCGCUAUAACAUCUCUUUAAAUACCUUGAAAACGUCACAGUAAACUUAAUACCUAUUAGUAACAUCGAAUAAUGCUGACAGGUUGUCCGUAAAAGCAAUUUAUCAUGUAGCAAAUUGAAAGAAAAUAAAAACUAAGUACACGUGUACCAAUAUUUAAUCGUACCCGUCAGGAUACCGCCUAUUUACAAAAUAACAUGUAAUGUACCGUUGCGCAACGAAGUAUUCUUCUUGUAUGUCUUUUACUCUUUUAGCGAAUCUCCAAAAACCAAUAUGUCAGAACACCUCAUACAUACAAAAUAACAUGUGCUUAGCAACAAAGGUUUAUUCCACUUAUGUUAUUAUUUUUUCUUAAAGCGAAGUUUUUAAAAACAAUAUAUACUCAAAUUUUAUAAUAACUUAAUUUGAAAACAUUAACUGAUGUCUCAAUAAUAAUUGGACGGUUUAUAUUCCGUAUUGAAAAGACCCAAACAGCCGUUCCUGGUCUCGGAUCGCAUAUUUAGGUCUACACAACGGUUUCUCAGUAUGUGAAAGCUGAGGGGAAAAAUACAUACCAUAAUGCUGCAACCUCUUACUUAUCACGACUUAUUUAAAAACCAAACAAAAACAACUAGCUCCCAUGAAAAUGUUGAAAACAAAUUAAUAAUAUUUAAAUCAUUGAUCGCCCAUACUGCGCUUGUGUACGGAGUGGGCGUAAACAAAGCCCCCCCCCCCCCCCAUAAUCUCGCAAGGAUACUAGACAUGAGCAUCACAAUAUUUGAUUAAGAUGUGAAUGACGUGUUUGUUGGAUCAAUUUAAGCCGCGCUCUGGGAAAAAAGGGUUUAAUGCAUCGGCGUAUCGAGAUUAGCUUUUGCAGUAUUCACAGGCUAAACUAGGACGAUACUUUAAGUACCGGUACAUGCGUUAAGCCGGUUUUCCUAUAGCGCGGCUAAAAUUGAUCCAAGAAACAGCUCAUUCACGUCACAAGUACUUAUCUUGUAUAGUUAUUCAAAGUUCAAUUGCAAUCAAUAAUUAAAGUACAUACAAACACAGUGUAAUGAGAAAGCAAAUAUAGGUAUUAUUAUUAUCCAUGCACAUAUAUUGUGUUUCGUGUAUAGUGCAAAUAAAGAAUUUAAUUAAGUUUACGUAGGAUCAAGACAUCUAAUCGAAUGACGAGACAUUGCUUUGGUCGCAAGCAAUAUUUGAAAUAGGCGAAUUACAAGACUAAGUGAUGUGUCUAUGAUUACAAAUUACCGCAUUGGUAGACGAGAAAACAGACCCUAUGCACCCUUCUGUUGUGGUUCUUUAAAACUCAACAAAGGCUUAAGAAUAAUUUUGCCAUGAAGUUAUUCAAUUAUUGAAGGCUACCAACAAAUCAACUUUUAAAGACGGGAAUAUUUAUUGAAAUUUGAUAUUCAAUUAAGUGAAUGUCAUCGAUUAAUACAAAUUGCCUUCAGCUUAUCAUGGCAUGUCAACGCGGAACGUACGAAGGAAUCAAUUCGGGUUCUCUAACAACACGUUUCUAUCAAGGACUUCUAUAACCGAUAUCCAGUAUUAUAUAUUAUUAUACAUGUAUAUGAAUGGAAGUUAAAUACCAAAGAAAAGACAUCAUUGAACAAAAUCCGAUUAUUUCAGAAAUGACGAACAUCUAUCAUCAAGUAAUAUCUCGUAAAGUUAUUAUUAGCUGGAAAUAUGGAUCUUUGUAAACAAUAAAACGUUUCGAUAAUUGUUA